AUGAACCGUUUAUGGCUAAACCCUAGCUUAUAUGGUUUGAAGCUUCCAUUUUCCAUGGACAUGGUUCUUAUGGACGACAAGGGUUGUAAGAUUCACGCUACGGUUAGGAAGACUCUUAUUUACCGAUUUCAAUCUUUGCUGAGUGAAGGAAGUGUAUAUCAGAUUUCGUUCUUUGGUGUUGGUGAAAGUGGUCGUGAUUUCCGUCCAACCUCGCAUCAAUUAAAGAUCAACUUUGAUAUACAUACUUUUGUACGAUUGGUUCCGAACAAGGCUAUCAACUUAAGCCCUUACUGUUUUGUGCCACUUUCUGACAUAAUGUUUAAGGACCUUGAUAUGUCUUUCCUUAUAGGUAAGACAAGCCUCCAAAAUGUUUAUGGAGCUACAAGGGUUCUCUUUAAUUCUCUCAUACAAGAAGCUGCUCCUCUCCGAGCUCGGUUCUUGGAGUCAAAUGAUCCUGCUGCACAUGUCAUUAGCCCGCUUCAAGACUCGGCAAAAAAAUCUACUCCUGAAGAUGAUUUCCUAAAACAGAGUGAUGGGACCAUCGAGCAACUCAAAGAUCUUGCUGAGAGGGUAUGGAUUGGUAUUACCCUGCGUGAAAGUAUAGCAAGAAGGUAUAUCCUGCUAACGGAGGCUACUGCUCUACUAAACAAAUCCUGUGCAAAUCUGCUUGAAACUAUUAUAUGGUGCUGA